UUUACUUGGUGACAUAUGGAGGAGAUUGAGGAAGCUAACAGGGUUGCAGUUGAGAGUUGUCAUAGAGUUAUUACUAUGUUAUCUCAACCUCAUGAUGAGAAACAGUUUGGAAAUUUAGUAAGAGAGACUGGAGAGGCUGUUCACAAGUUCAAGAAAGUGGUGACUCUCUUAAAUUCAAAUUUGGGUCAUGCAAGAGUAAGAAAAGCCAAGAAAAUUUCGACCCCUUACCCUCAUAGCCUCUUGUUAGAGAACCCAAGUUGUAAAAUUGAUGAUCAGCCUAAACCUCUACAGUUGCUUCCUAUCACCUAUCCUGAAAAUAUUAGACUAGAAAAUGGUUCUAAUGUGAAUAGGAUUCACCCUUCAUUGGAGUUAAACUCGCAUAGUAAAAAUCCUCUUCAGUUAGCCCAACAAACACCUUUGUCAAGCUAUCACUUUGCUCAACAGCAGCAGCAGUUGCAACAGCAACAACAGAGGCGAUAUCAGCUUCAGCAGCAACAAAUGAAACAGCAGGCAGAUAUGAUGUAUCGGCGUAGCAAUAGUGGGAUUAGUUUAAAUUUUGAUAGCUCUACAUGUACUCCAACUAUGUCAUCAACGAGGUCGUUUAUCUCCUCGUUGAGUAUUGAUGGAAGUGUUGCUAACUUGGAUGGUAAUGCCUACCAUUUUAUUGGGGCUUCGCGCUCCGCGGAUCAGAGCUCAUUUCAACACAAGAAAAGGUGCUCCGGAAGGGGAGAGGAGGGAAGUGUGAAAUGUGGAAGCAGUGGCAGAUGUCACUGCUCGAAGAAGAGGAAGCACAGGGUAAAGAGGUCAAUCAAGGUUCCUGCUAUAAGUAACAAACUAGCUGAUAUUCCCCCGGAUGAGUAUUCUUGGAGAAAAUAUGGACAGAAACCGAUUAAAGGUUCUCCGCACCCCAGGGGAUACUAUAAGUGUAGCAGCAUGAGAGGCUGUCCUGCCAGGAAACAUGUCGAGCGAUGCUUGGAAGAACCUUCGAUGCUUAUUGUCACUUACGAAGGAGAACAUAACCAUCCUAGGUUGCCAUCUCAAUCGGCAAAUGCAUGAGAUCUUUAGAGAAAUGCUAACAAAGAUCAUCAAAAGCCUCGAGAAAUUUCUAAUACUCUAUUUUUGACCGGCUUCAAUUGUUCCUGUACAUAUUUUGCUUUGAAGUGCAAUGCAGAUGGGGCCAAAUACUAGUUCAAAAUUGGGAGGGUCUAUUAGGUAUUUGGAAAGGCAAAUGUAAAGCCAGGUUCAAUUAGAAUGAUGCAGUGAGACUUGAGGUUUCCUAAUUGUAAAAUUAUCCUCAUAAAGUAUGACUCCCUUU